AUGUCGCGUACAUCUCUCCGGCCCGCCUGUGCCCAAGAUCUCCCCGCCCUUGCAGACUUGGCUGCGCAGGCCAUGCUGGAGGAUGAACUCUUUGCCCACAUCUGCCCGCACCGGUAUGAGCAUUAUUCGGACUUCCGCUAUGGCUUUCUCCGUCGCCUGAAGAAGCGACUCGUGACUCCGGGGUAUGUGAUGAUAGUCGCGGUGGAGAAUGAGGGCCCUCAUAGCGAGCUCAUCCCUCUAGAGCGAAAACUUCUAGAUUUAGAAGAUCGCUAUCUUGCGCUGGUCUACCCCGAUCGCAGCGUAGAUCCCCACCGGCUUGAACAUUACACAGCGUCUCUCGUGGACUGUUUCCCCUUUUCCAAGUAUCCAGAACUUUGGUUUCUUGCAACCGUUGCGGUGGAUCCGGGGUCUCAACGACGUGGCAUCGGUCGGCAAUUAGUGCAAUGGGGCCUGCACCAGGCACUGGAUGAGAAAGUACCAGUGGGGUUGGAAGCCAGUGUCAAAGGCACUGCGCUCUAUGAGAAGUUGGGAUUCCAACGCGUCAACACAGUCGAGCUAAUUCCGGGCCUUCCCAUUCGAGCCAUGCUCUACGAGUAG